UGCCAUUUUAGCCUAUUUCAGGCUAGAUCUAGCCUAUUUUUAAAUGAUCUAGCCUAUAAAAUUUGUAAAUAGCCUAUAGCCAUAAAUCUAGCCUAUUUUUAAAAAUAAUUUAGCAUAUUUUUUAAUGUAUUUGUGACCAACGAAAAAUUUUAAUUUUGGUGUUCAAUGUUUUGCUGGUUCUUUUUUGCCGAUUCUUACGUGAACUUAAUUCAUAUGAUCGUGCUUUCUGAUCGAUAGACUUUUUGGAUGGUGCGAUAUGUUAUCGCAUUAUGUUAUGUGAUGAAGAGCAAGAACCGGAAAUAAGGCAGGUUUGCGUUAAUUUUGUGAAACGAUUAAUAAUGCAACUCCGUGAAAGACUUCCUGACAACUUCAAUAUUUUAAAGAAGGUCAAUAUGUUUGCAGUAGAUAAUAUACUGCGACCCCACAAAAAUAUAUUUGAUUUCAUAAAUAUUUUUGAAUAUUUUAAAAUAACUGAUAUCGGUAAAUUAAAAUCUCAAUUGGACAAAAUUCACCUGAUAAAAUGGGAAAAAACAGAAGAAUCGAUGCAAUUUUGGGCAGAGGUGCUAGCGUAUAGAGACGCAGAAAACAACAACCCCUUUAAGGCGCUUGCAUUAUUUGCCAUCCAGUUGUUUUCCCUGCCAUGGUCCAAUGCAGAGGUGGAACGAGUGUUCAGCCAAAUGAACAUAUUGAAGUCAAAAUUGCCCAAUAAAAUGGCAUUAAAAAGCUUGAAUGUAAUAUUGAGCAUAAGAUAUGGGUUACGAAGACACAAUGAAUGCUGUCAUACCUAUUCGUUGCCACAAAAGUAUCUUGCCCAAAUUAAAAACAAAGACAAAUAUUUGAAUGACGGGGAGAACGACGAUAUUGAAAGUUUGUUAACGUGUUUAAUAUAAUAAAAACAUGAAAAUUACUUUAAUUUGGCGAUAUUAUUGGAUUUUAAUAUAUAGCUCAUUUUUCAGCAUAUUUUUCUGAAUUUUAGCCUAUUCUAGCCUAUUUUUACCCAAAAUCUAGCCUAUUUGCGAGCUCAAUACCUGGCA